AGCUUACCGUAGAUUUCAUUUAUUUUAUUUUAUUUUAUUUUUGCUUGUUUUGGUUCAGAAUAGGCUUUUUUUGAGUCAAUUUAAUGGACGUCCUCCGUGUUCCGGGCCUCUUCUGUUUCGCUGCACUGUUUCGGUGAUUGAGAUUGCUGCUGUUCACUUAUUGAGAAGUUUAAAGUGUUGUUGAAGAAAUAGCUGCGUGCGAUUUGGUCUGUUGCCUGCCGGAUUGAACGCGGUGCAGUUCAACUGAAGGUUUUCUUAGGGUUUCUAGCUGUGAUUGAGUAGUAGGUGCAGUUCAUCUGGUGAAGAUGGGGCGGGAAAAAGGUGGCUCUAGUCGCAAUAAAUCGCGUCCUUCAAGCAGCAGCUUUGCGGCUGCUCAAGUUAGAGCAGCACCUGUGGGUUUUGGAGGUUAUGUGGGGAGCUCUUUAGUUGAUUCAACAUUUUCAGGUGAAAGAGAGACCUCACAGGAUCUUGACGGAGAAGCAGCACUACAUCUCAAAAGACUGUCUAAACGGGAUCCAACGACAAAGCUUAAAGCGCUUGUAGCUCUCAGAGCGAUAUUCAAGGAGCACUCGGUUGAUGAACUGUCAGCAAUUUUGCCCAGUUGGGUCUUUGAGUAUAAGAGGCUUGUACAAGACAACAACCGGCAAGUGCGUGAAAAUGUCCAUGGGGCAAUGGCCGACCUCACUACAAAUGCGGGGAAAGGGUUAUUACCCCACCUUCGAUCAUUGAUGGGGGCUUGGUGGGUUUCUCAAUUUGAUCCUUCGCGAGAAAUCGCAGAAGCUGCUCAACGAUCCUUUCAGGUUACUUUUCCAGAUCGGAAGAAGAGGGUGGACGCUUUGAUUUAUUGUUUUAAAGGCAUCAUGACCCACCUGGACGAGAACUUGAAGUUAACUCCUCAGGCAUUAAUAGAAUUGGGCACUUUGCCCGAAGAGGUUCCAGAGAAACUUGAGAGGAUAUUAUCAUGCUCUCUACUUGCUUUGGCUGCAUUACUUGAUGUGUUAGUGGGUUCUACAUCCUCACUUUGGAAGGAAGGGGCUGUGGAGAGUAUUUCUGCGGCCAGUGCCGCUGCAGGGACAGGAGAACCUGUAAAAGAAGCUGCUACGUCACUAUUUUUCAAACAUAAAUUCUUCCAAAGUUUUGUAAAGAAUAAAAGCUCUCAAGUUCGGUUGGCUUCAUACCAGACUUUGCUAACCUAUCUCCAACAUAUUCCAGAGGUUUUUACUGAUGAAGAGAAUCUUGACAAUUUUGUGAAACUUGUGCUGGGUGCUUUGGGAGAAAAAGUAACAAGUUGUCAUCAGUCUAUGUGGGAUAUGAUCCUGCUUUUCAGUAAAAACAUUCCUCAAGCCUGGGGAUGUAGCUCUAUACGCAAAGCAGUUCUCCCCAAAUUUUGGGAGUUUCUUAGACAUGGUUGCUUUGGAUCCCAGCAAAUUUCCUAUCCUUACAUUUUACCAUUUUUGGCGCUUCUUUCUCCGCAAUUCUUGGCACCUCCCCAAGAUUUUUUUCUUGAGUUCUUUGGCAGCCUCUGGCAAGGUGUGUAUGUGCCUGCGUUAUCAAUUGCUGAUCGACUAUCCCUCUUUAAGACAUUUCAAGAGUGUUUUGUUUGGGUUGUCAAGAAUUCCAAGAGAUACGCUGAGGCUACAAGCGAUAAAUUGUUGCAGGAUUUUUUAGUUAAGGAAGUAUUGUUAAAAAUAGUCUGGUGCCAGUAUGCGGAUCUUUCAUGUCAAAUUUUUGCAGAGUCCUCUCAGGACCAAGAUUUCGCAAGUGCUGUUGUUAAGUUUCCGACUUCGAAGUCUGUUUUGCCUCGACAAAUUUGUGAUGAAGUAGCUGCUACUAUCAUCAGCAUUUUGAUCCCGCUUAGCCAAGAAGGUGUAUUGCAUGCAUUCUGGUCUGGUUUUCAAUCUUCUUGUGUGGGCGUUCUUUUAGACACCUCUUCAGGGAACGAGUCACGAUUGGCUCGCCUUGGAACAUUUUUUUCUGUGCUUGAUGUGAAGAUACCAAACAAAGAGGAAUCAAGUAAUACGUGGGUUUUAUUAGAUGUGGUUCAGCCAUUUGUGGGGAAGGGUUUCUCGGCAAUAAAAUCUUCCGGACAUCCGGAAGCAUUGAGGUUAUUUGGAAAGCUCAUUUCAUCAUAUGGAACUUUCGCAUUCGCUAUGAAAGAACAAAUCCUUGGUGAUUCUAUCAGGCGGCGAUUCCUUCAAGAGGUCGUCCCAUGGUGCUUGUCUGGAGAUGAGAACAGGCCUAUCGAACCUAAGAUAGAACUCUUACUGUCUUUCUUCGAAGUGAAGGAGUUUCAUAGUUACUGGAAACCAACGAUAGACUGUGUCACGGCAUGGUUACGUCCAGGCGACAAGCAAAGUGAGCUUAAUGAGAAUGAUCUGUUUCAAGUUGAAGUCUUGGCCACCUUAGUUGAAAAGUUCAGUGACAGAUGGGUGAGACUGGUGAAGCCUGGAGGUAACGCGUCUGAGGAUGGUUCUGAUCCGCACGCGUUCGAGCCAUGGAGACUUCCCAAACUUGAUAUCGUAGGACUGGUUGUUGCAAGCAGCAAUAACCUUAUUCACCCAUCUUGUGUCCGGCUUUUAAGGAAUUUUUUGAGUCCAGUGAUUCCAAAACAAAGCCUUCUCUCUCCUGAUGCUAUUGUGCAAUUGCUAGAAAAACUAUCAACAUACUUGCUUGAGGUUCUAGAUUUGCAUGACAUGCCAUGGACAAGAGCUGCACCCUCUUUGAUCUUGUCUGGUAAGGCUAAUUACAAUGUGAACAAGGCUCAUAGCGGUGAUGUGGAGAAGGUGAACAUUUUUGAUCUGGCAAUGUCAGCACUUGAAGUGGUAGAGGUAACUUUGCCGUCUCUUGGUGCUAUGCAACUGGUACCUACAGGACCGCAGCUGCUCUCAACCAUGUUCUGCCUAUAUUGGGCUUUUUUGAAGCCCUUGUUGAGAGAAACCUCUGAAGACAAGCUUGAAGGGUCAGAUGAUGAGAGAGGGGAAGAGGAUGCAUACCCAAGCGUUGAUGGGGGUGAGGAAAACACCUUAAAUCAGGACUUGACUUCGACUCAAAACCAGAUCGAGCGGAGUCGAUAUUCGUUUUUGAAAUGCUUACAGAACGUGCGCAGGAUUUGCUCCCCCACUAUUUAUCAGAAGUUGGGGACAGAAUGCCGUGGGUGCGUACGAAGGAUACUUACAGAAAUUGUGAGGAGUUCACUUGUCAGCGAGGAACCUUCAGAUGUUGUUUUGACUUCUUCUCUGUGCGCCAGUUGGGUACGCGAGAUUGUUGAAUACUUCUGUAUUGGAGAGGACGAAAUUCAAGCUACUAUAUCUUGCACACUUGCUCCAAAUCUCUUCUGGCCAAAUUGGGUGGCGGUUCCUCCACCCAACGACAACUCAUUUCCAUUAGUGAAGCCUUCACAAAAGACAACUUUGAUUGAGGAGGAGGUGCAUCAGCGCUUUUGUGCGUACACUGAUACAUUGGCUAAAUAUCUUAGCCCUAGUAGAGUGUAUGCUGGGUGCGAUUCUAUGACUUCCAAUGAAGUUUACAGGGUUUGGCUUGUCAUUGAGUUACUUUGCUCCUGGGAGUGGCCAGGGGGCUCUGCUUCUUCACAUCUUCUGGAGUUCCUGUGCGACAUAUCAAGGCAUUCAACAGUAGAAAAAAUUCCUCUUUUAUUAGACAUUUGUUUCCGUUCCCUCUUAGCUGGCUCAUCUUUCACAAGCUCAGGUCCAAUUGAUCACGAAGGACCUGUUGAGAGUGACCUGAUACCUGAUAUUGGCUCACCCACAAGGGCCCUUUUAACCUUACUGAGAGCCUUGUUGAAUGGUGAAGCUGCUUGGAGAAGAGGAAUUGCCGAAAAGUUCUUUUUUGAGUAUGUUGCAAAGUCGAGUAAUGUAACUGACUCAGCAGAUGCAGACGCGCUUAAAGUUCUACCUUUCGUUUUAUCCAUUCUGAUGCCAGUCAUGCGUGAUUCAGAUCUUGGGGUGUUCGAUGUCGAAAACUUUCAGUCGUUGAAACGUAUUGUUUGUGAUUGGUUAAACAAAGCCCUCAGCUUUCCACCUCUUGUUGACUUUGAAAAAGGAUCCACGGAGUUGAUAGGAAAACAUUGGUUGGAGGUUGCUGUAGCAUGUUUUCCUUUACAGAUGCCAGGCGUGAGUUCUGGUAUUGCUGCAGCUGCUAGUGCAAAGGUCAGCCUUCAAGAAACUUCUCUUCUUCUGAGACUGUUACGAAGGCAAUUUUUGGUGGCUCGAGAUGCUGAAGCUAAGCUUUUAUCAUCUGACACUACGGAUGUGAUGCUCGAGCUAGUCCCUGAGCUGACGCUGGCAAAAUUAGUUGCUGCAUCCGUGGCUUAUUGUUGGCAAGACUUCAGUGUCGAAGAAUGGGCGCUUAUUAUGAAAUGCCUUCGCAAAUGGGUUGACUCUGCUGUUAUUGAGUAUGAAGAGAUGACGGAGGUGGUUGUGAACUUUCACAAAGGUGGUCAAGAGGGUGAUUUAAGUUUGCAACAAUUGUCAGAAAGAAAGAUCUUGAUCGAACUUGCUACAACAGCCCUAUCAAUAUUGAUUCUAUUGAAAGACAUUAACAAGCUUGAAACUGUGACCGCUUUGAGGGCCCUUGGUACUUUACGGUUGUCCAACUGGGUGGCAGUGGAAGAUCAUAUGAUGGAAUCUGUUCUUCGAAUCCUGUUGGCUACAGGUCUUUCUGAGGCAGCAGCAUUGGAAUUCAAUGCUGGUGGUGAUGCUGCAAAUACCAUUUCAAAGCACCGGAUGGCGGAGUCAUCCUUGUGGGAGAGCCUUGCUACAGUUGCGCUGGGAGCUUCGAGUAGAGCUCGAGAAGCUGCCGCUCGAGCAGCUGACUUGUGGGGAGUUGGAAAGGGAUCGAUUAGUGCACUUUAUGCUCUCUUAUUGUCACCCAACUCAAGUGGUGCUUUGCAAUGGGUUGCAUUUCAGUUUCUAUCAACUGUACCUAUCCAACAUUUGGCUGUGACAUGGGGUGGCAUUUCUCAAAACCAAGGAGAAGUUGGAGAAGGUGCUGAGCAGGAGGCUGCAAAGGGAGAAGCUGCCCUUACAACUGCUGCCACACUUCGGCCAGAGCUCGUCAAGUUGUUGGAAACUCCUGCACGACUUCUACUUCAGAGCUCUUUCACAUCAGACCUUCGUCUACAUUAUCUUUUGGGUUGGUCGCUUUUAUUGAUGCGUUUGCAUUCAUUAUCGCCACUUUCCCCAACUAGGGAGAGGCUGCUAAAUUUUGUACGGGAUUCGGACUUAUCUCCUACGCUUCUGGACUGCCUGUUUCAACAUAUCGCUCUUGAUCUCACCUCAGGCACAUCUACUUCAAGAAGACGAACAGCACCAGCUGGUGCCAAAGUAAGCAUAGCCGCCACUUCAGCAACACGGGCAGUAUCAAGUGGAACUGUGAGCUUUGCCGUCGAAAAUUUGUGGCCAGUAAAGGAAGAGAGCUUAGUAAUCCUUGCUGGGGCAAUUUAUGGUCUGUUAAUUCGAGUUUUACCAGCAUGCGUGCGCAUAUGGUUCACUGGUUUGCGUGACAGAUCUACCGCGUCGGCUAUUGAGAAUUUCACUUCCAGCAACUGCAGCACGCAACUCUUAGCUGACGAGUUUUUGCAGCUCCAAGCGUCAGUGGUACCAGACGACACUCUUUCCAUUCGUGCAAAUCGUACUCUUCGUGAAGUCAUUGCUGUCUAUAAGAAGGAAGAGGCAUGCCUUGACAUUGUGAUACGACUACCGUCCUGCUACCCGUUGCGUGCUGUAGAAGUGGAUUGCACUAGACGUCUAGGGAUCAGUGAAACCCUUCUUCGGAAAUGGAUACUCUCUAUGGCAGCCUUUCUCCGAAACCAGAAUGGAGCAAUGUUGGAGGCUAUUCAAAUGUGGAAGAAGAAUGUUGACCGUGAGUUUGAAGGUGUGGAAGAAUGUGCAAUCUGCUAUUCUAUCAUCCACACCACCAACCACUCUCUUCCUCGACUGGCCUGCAAGACUUGUAAACAUAAAUUUCAUUCAGCCUGCCUGUACAAGUGGUUUUCCACCUCCCACAAAUCAACAUGUCCUCUGUGCCAGACUCCUUUUUAAUCGAUCUUUGCAAGAGGUCAAGCACCGACAUGUGAUGCAGUCGGUCUGGGCGUACGCUGUCGUCUCUACUUUUUGGUCAUUAUACACACUUCAUCUAAAAAGGUGAUGCCUUUCUGUUGUUUAUUAGUAUUUAUUCCGGAAUUUUGGUAGUGGAGAAUAGCAAAUCAUCGCUAUGAGAAUUUAGGAUGGGUACCGAGCAUCAGCCUUUGGCUGUUUAUCAUAUACGAAGAGAACCUGAAAGCUGAGCUACGAGUGGUCUUACUUCCUGUAGUCCAGCAAAAUUUAAUCGUGAAUUGAGUUACCAGGUAUUUAUUUGCUUGAGUGAUUAAGAAUGGUAUCUUUGCA